CUCCUAAGACGCCACCAUCCUGAGCCUCUCUUGGCACCGCUGACCAAACGACGCCGUCGGCCUGGAUCUUACGCAGUACUCUUGGCGAGCUUCUAUACUUAUUCUCUGACUCAAUUACCUUAGCCGCUCGCUCUAUCGGGGUUAAUUUCUGUUACAUACGCGCUCAAUGCCUUCUCCACACCCGACGAAUCACUCGUUUUGUUCAUCUUUGCGGAUUAUUCUCUAGUGUCUCAUCACUCCUCUACUCAACCUUAUAACUCCCACCCUACCUUGGCUGUCGUCAGUCGAUCCCGGGUCUUCCUUGCUCGCUCCACCACCUCGUCCCCCCUUUAUCCUCUCCCCUCCCCUCCCCUCUCACUCCGUUGUGCUCGCCGCAUCCUGUGAAGUCGCUCGAUGGCUUCCAAAUUUCUCCUUCCCCUGGCCGUGGUUGCCGCCUGCUGUACCGCUUCAGUCUUGCCUCGAGCCCCCAGCCAAGAUGUGCACGGGAGCUGGGUAACUUAUCCCAUCACUCGCGCGGCGCGGCAUCGUCCCCUCACGAAGAGAGACUUUGACGUUCCGUUAUAUAACGUCACCUCCAUCAGUUACCUUAUCGAAUUGAGCAUCGGAACUCCCGGACAAUCUGUCAAAGUCGCUAUCGAUACUGGCUCGGACGAACUCUGGGUCAACCCGAACUGCUCAAGUGACGAUCUGACCUUCAGUCAACAAAGCGAGUGCCUCGCCAAUGACGAAUACAACCCUGCCAAGUCGAAAACGGCCCAAGUGACGACCGAUACGACCGAGAUCCAGUACGGGAAGGGCUUCGUGGAGCUCGAGUACGUGAAGGACAACAUUGCGCUCCCCGGGAGUACCGUCAACGUCACGGAUGCGCAGUUUGGUGUUGCUACCGACAGUUCCGAGCUGAACGAGGGCAUCCUAGGUCUAGGAUUUGGCAAGGGGUUCAAUUUGCCUUACAACAAUCUGAUCGACGACCUUUUCCUGCAAAACGUCACGCAGACUAAGGCAUUCGGCAUCGCACUGGGCAGUGUCGACGAGGACAAUGGCGGCACCCUAAUCUUCGGCGGUGUUGACACCAAGAAGUUCACGGGCCCGCUGAUCACCAACAAGAUCCUUGGCCCGCAAGACGGCGAGUCCCUGUUCCGCUACUGGAUCGAGAUGACCAGCAUUGCUCUCAGCAAGCCUGGCACGUCGAAGGUAUAUGCGAACUCGCAUAUGGCCGUCGUCAUUGAUUCUGGUUCUUCGCUCAGUUAUCUGCCCAGCUCCGUUGUUAGCGCCAUGGCCCGCGACACCGAAGGCCAGUUUGAUUCGCGGAGUGGCCUCUACGUGGUCCCGUGUAAGCAGCUCAGCCAGCGUGGCAGCUUCGACUUCGCCUUUGGGCAAGCCACCAUCAGGGUCCCUUUCAAUGAGUUUAUCUGGCAGUACGACGCGAACACCUGCAUCCUCGGCGCCGUGCCCGUCGAUUCCAGCACCGGCAUCACCGCCCUCCUCGGCGACACCUUCAUGCGCAGCGCCUUCGUCGUCUUUGACCAGUCCGAGAAGGUCAUCGGCCUAGCAGAGUAUGUCAACUGCGGUGAGAACGAGAAGGCCAUCCCGGCUGGCGGUCUCAGCGCCGGCAACUUUACUGGAGAAUGCAAUGCCAAAAACUCGCGCAACGCUGCCGGCCGGACCACAUACAGCUCCGCGGCGUUGGUUGUUGGCCUCUCGGUUGGUGCGAUGAUGAGCUUCCUGUGAGAGGUGUGCGGUCCUCGAGACCUAGAUUCACUCAUAUGUAGGAUUCACCGCUCGGCGUGGAGGUACCUGCCGAGCAUGUGUCCCAACCAGUCGUUUAUGGGAUGCCUAGAGAAGAACUUUAAUGAGCCUGGUUAGAGGUCGUGGUGCCUUGUGGAAUUUGACGACAAGCCAGCCGCAGUACUAGUGUAUACAACCAUUGGGUUUGGACAUGGCGUUUUGCAGAAGAUAUCCGGCCUCGAGACAUACUUUCGCUCUGUAGAGGUACAUAGAUGCAUGGCAUGAAAUAUGCAAUGAUUUUAUUUAUUUAUUUUAUCCAUGUUGUUCAUUGUUGUGCCUCAUAUCACCUACACUUCUAACUGCCCCUUUUCGCG